CAUUUCAAUUAUUCUCUGAUGCGAGGGGAAACGGAGUUUUAGGAAACAAGCGUUCUGGUUAAAAUUCAGCCUCUCAAAGAGCACAGAUAAAAGUGGCUGCCAGAAUGACACCUGCCUUACUUUGUAACAUGGUAUUUCUGCUGGCAUUUGGAUUGGCUUCAGGUUUUAGCCACAGCCCCAGGACUCCUGAUAGGGUUUCUGAAGCAGAUAUCCAGAGGCUCCUCCAUGGUGUGAUGGAGCAGCUGGGCAUUGCCAGGCCCCGGGUAGAAUAUCCAGCACACCAGGCUAUGAAUCUGGUUGGUCCACAGAGCAUUGAAGGUGGUGCACACGAGGGUCUCCAGCACUUGGGUCCUUAUGGCAAUAUCCCAAACAUUGUGGCUGAGCUGACAGGAGAUAAUGUACCAAAGGAUUUCAGUGAAGACCAAGGAUAUCCUGACCCUCCAAAUCCCUGCCCUAUUGGAAAAACAGUUGAUGAUGGGUGUCUAGAAAACACCCCAGACACAGCAGAGUUCAGCAGAGAAUACCAGCUGCACCAACACCUUUUUGAUCCAGAGCAUGACUAUCCCAACAUGGGCAAGUGGAGCAAGAACUUACUCUUUGAGAAGAUUAAUGGUGGUCCAAAAAGAAGAAAGAGGAGUGUGAACCCAUAUCUGCAAGGACAGCGACUGGAUAAUGUUGUAGCAAAGAAGUCUGUCCCACAGUUUUCAGAUGAAGACAAGGGUCCUGAAUAAGUACAGUAAAAAUGAAUGAUGAAAACUCAUGCCAUCCUCUGCUAGAUCAUAAUAUUGCUUAUAUAUAAUCAUCUAUUAAAAUCCUUGUGAAUGGCAGCAUGUUUAUUAUUUAUGUAAUUGUAGAUGAAAAACAGCUGUAUUUAUAACAGUAUGUUCUCCUAGAUAACAAAAAUAUGGUUCUGCUUUUUGUUAAUUUACGGUAAAAGGACAUUUCUGUUGUUUUUAUUUUAGUCAUGGAGCAAACUUAAAAAUGUUAGUCAUUUUAAUAGCUAACGUGAGGUAAAUGGUCUUAAUGAGCAGCUUGUAAAUAGGAAGAUGUAAAAAAAUGCCCAGUCUGACUCCAACAUUUAAUCUUAAAUGUUACGAUGUUUGACACAUGAAAAUUAUAGUUUUAUGUUUUGUUCACAAAUAUUGUUACUUAGCAAAGACACAGUAUUUAUUUUACCCAGAGAAUUUUGGCUUUUGGUCCAUUUUAAUAAACAUUUAAGCAAUCUACAAGGUUUGCAAAGUGACAUUUUCCAAAAUAUUUCAGAGGCUCAUUUGUCUCUGUUAUUGCUGUGCAAAUUUGAAAAUUAAAGAACAGCUUUUUGACUCUACCCACUGGAAUAUUUUUCUGUUAGUUUUAAUCGUUCCAUGUCCACAACUUUCCUGAACACUUGCACAUCUUUCUUCCUUAUCAGUGGUACUAUUGUGUGGAAAUUGAUCUCCCCUACAGUUCUUUGUUGUAGUAACAGCAGCAUUUGUGCACUAUAGCGUUCUUAAAUCCUGUGUCCCUGGGAUAUCAUAAGUGAAGAUGGAGACACUUGUUGACAUAACCUUAUUAACACAAACAUCUUCUGAACCAAAAUCCAGGGUAUGAAGGUCAUUACAGUUGAUGAUCUUCUGAAAAAUACUCUUAUCACUGGUAGCUAUCCCUGCUUGUGAAGUUGCUCUGGGAAGCUUAAAUUGCUUUUUUUGCCCUUGGAGGCUGAAGAACUUUUCUAUUCCAGAAAACUGAGUUCUCCCUUUCUGAAAGACGAGAAUAUGAAAUGACCUAAAAUUUUGUUAUUUUCAGGGUGCAUAUGAAAUAUUUGAAGCCAUGUGCAUAGGGCACUGAACUUACGGAAAAUAGUAUUCACUGAAUACUGGGAACUUCAGAUCUACGGGAAAGAAAAACGUAGUUUCCUUCCCCGUCCUACAGACAGACGCAGUAAAAUGAUGACUCCUUAAAAAAAAAACAGAUGGGAAACUAACAGAAACUCGACGUCCUAGCUACAUAAGAUUAAAGUUAACAGGGUGGCACAAAUAUGACUCUGUAUGGCAUCUGCUUUUUCUAUCCCAGCAUUUAGUAAUUUGUAAUAGAUUAGGUAUGCAGAGAAUCGGCCCUCUCACGUCAUUUAUGGGUAGAUUGCAAAACUCCGUAACAUUCUAGGCUGAACUAUCAUGUCUUUCAUCAUGUUUCCUCUUUAAAGAAGUUCUGGAAGAGAAAGCUAAAUAGUAUGCAAUGCAGUGGGGUUUAUACUCACACAUGACAGAAAAUUGAGGAGUUUAUGUCAAUCAUAGAGCUAAUUCUGCUUCCAGUGCCUAGAAUGGGAUGGGAGUAAUCCAGCUGUUCACACAAAAGAACUUGUACUUUCAGCUUCUUAAACUUAUUCUUUAUUUGCACUCCUGCUGAGUCUUCACACAGGUACUGAGAGUUACGGAGUUGCAAAGGUUGUCUCCAAAGCCAGGAAAAUCCCUAUAUAUCAUGGCAUGAGUCUGAAAUUAGAAGCCACUGAUGCCCAGUGGCUCAGAAUCCAUAAAAUGGUUAUUCCUUCCCCCUAGUCCCCCAGACAGUCCCUGGAUGCUGCCACAAGGCUUCCAGUUGGGCAAAGGUUUGACUUCCAUUCCUAAGAAACUGGUAUUUCUUCAGACACUCAACUGUCUUACCAAUACUUUUAAAGUAAUCUGAGCUAUGUUCUGUCCUUAUUAGCUCCAGUAAAAUCAAUUUUAAUCACAAAAAUGAAGCAAUCAUGAAGGCAUUUUGUCUUUUAAACUCUCACUAAGGACAAGCACACAACAAAAUAUGUAUACAAUGAACAGCAGGCUUGAAAAGGAAGGGACAAAGAAAUAUUGCUUGCUUAAUAGUAUCAGAAACCCCAUGUCUGAUUUCCAAAAGCACUUCAGAUCACUACACCCCCUGGAUGGGGAUGUGAUAAUCCAGCACAGCAAACUGACCUCAACAGGGAUCCUGGUGGCUGCUGCGAUCCUGGCAGGGCCUGAAGAGCUGCCCUUCUGUCUAUGAUAACUCUGCACAGAGCAGGCAAAGGAAAAAUUACACAAUUUAGAGACAGUUUUGUCUUUGAAACUCACACUGUACAACACAAUGAUGCGUCUUACAGGAACUGCCUGCUGAAGAAAUCAAACGCGUAGUGGUGAGCAGCCAUCUGCUGAGUCGAUAAGGCAGCCUUGAGUAUUUCACCAGGAAAACUCAACACUACUAUUGUGAAGUUUUAAAAAUAUAUAGCUAUUACACCAUGAUAAUUAGAUUAAUUAUUCUCAUUUCAGCUUCAUAAUAGAGCUGCCUUUCUGUGCUGGGAUUGCUAGUCCCAUAUUAAUUAAAAAGCAAACAAAAAAACCCCAUCAAAGUUGUCCCUCCUACUGCUCCAACAACAGUCCAAACAUGUAUAUAUAUAUAUAAUAUUUAUAGAGAAUCAUUGCAGUGAUGAUCAGUACUGGUCUUCCAGAAUCACUAAACAAAGAUACCAACUUAUUAACUUAUUAACAACCCUUAUUAAGAGCUCACUCCACCAAAACAGUAUUUACAAGAAUGUAAAUGGCUGCUUAGCUCUUACAGGUGCAAUCACGCUCUUACAUUUAUGAUGCAUGUGAAUUAACGAGCAUGUAUAUUGCUAUUGUUUAGAAUUUUCACUAAAUUAAAACCUUUUAAAAUUAUUUUAAAGUCUGCAAGUGUGUUAAUUACCUCUAACGUAUUUGAGACACAAUGUGCUUGAACAAACCUAUGCAAAAUAAAGUGUAUUGCCAUGCAACAUUGGUUUUGUCUGGUAAAGAAAUAUUUAUGACCCUAGUUUAAAUAAAAAAGUACUAUGCAACUGA